AUGGCGAAUGCGAUAUCGAACAUGCUGGCUCAUUGCGUAGCUGGCAUGAGCUCCAGCUUGUCGAUCCACGACACGGUGAUUGAAAGAAGACCAUAUCAUAAGAAUUGUGAGUGCGCGCUUCACAAAUUGAAAGGUAACUGUUCUCAUAUCUGGUCUGCACAGACGAAUGUAUCGUUUUCGAAGAAGAGGAUAUCGGGUUCAUUGGCCAUGGCAGUUUCUUCCAGCAGCUUGAUUCAUUCACAAUCUUCAUCAGUACAUGUUGAGUCAUCUAGUGGAAUUAAAGAAGAUAGCGAAUUGGGUAGAGAGAAUAGAGGGGAAUUAAGCUUAGGAGGUUGCUAA